CGCCAGGCAUCUGAAUCCUACCGAUCCAGAAGAGUGCGCGAGAGAGAGUGGGGCAGGUAUGACGCCCAGGAUCACGGAGGAGUAAUUUACGCUUUUGCCAGAUAAUGUCAAUAAAGUAACGACUGCACAGAGGAAAGAGUUCACAAAAGCCAACCGCGCUCUGUGGGGUGCGGUCACCGUUUGUCACUCACGGGCGCUCCCUCCCGCGGGCGGCGGUUGCAUCGAGCUGGUGUUGAGACUCCUCAUCAUCCCGUCCCAUCCCAGAUCUUUGCGAAGAUGGCGGACCCGGCGGAGUGCACCAUCAAAGUGGUGUGCCGCUUCAGGCCGCUGAACAAUUCGGAGGUGGGACGUGGGGAUCAGUACAUCGCUAAGUUUCAAGGGGAAGAAAGUGUGGUUAUUGCGAGCAAGCCCUAUGUGUUUGAUCGUGUGUUCCAGUCCAACACUACACAGGAGCAAGUCUACAAUGCCUGCGCUCAGAAGAUUGUCAAAGAUGUGCUGGAAGGCUACAACGGCACCAUCUUUGCCUACGGACAGACGUCCUCUGGGAAGACACACACCAUGGAGGGUAACCUCCAUGACCCAGAUGGCAUGGGCAUCAUUCCCAGGAUCGUCCAGGACAUCUUUAACUACAUCUACUCCAUGGACGAGAACCUGGAAUUCCAUAUCAAGGUGUCAUAUUUUGAGAUCUACCUGGAUAAGAUCAGAGAUCUGCUGGACGUGUCAAAGACAAACCUCUCAGUACACGAGGAUAAAAACAGGGUUCCGUAUGUGAAGGGUUGUACUGAACGUUUCGUAUGCAGCCCAGAUGAGGUGAUGGACACUAUCGAUGAAGGAAAGUCCAACAGACAUGUGGCCGUUACAAACAUGAAUGAGCACAGCUCCAGAAGUCACAGCAUCUUUUUGAUCAACGUGAAACAGGAGAACACAGCGACUGAACAGAAGCUCAGUGGCAAACUCUUCCUUGUAGAUCUGGCAGGAAGUGAGAAGGUUGGUAAGACAGGAGCUGAGGGAACGGUGUUGGAUGAGGCCAAGAACAUCAACAAGUCGCUGUCAGCUCUGGGCAACGUCAUCUCCGCUCUGGCAGAGAGCUCGGGGUACGUGCCGUACAGAGACAGUAAGAUGACUCGGAUCCUGCAGGACUCUCUGGGGGGGAACUGCAGGACCACCAUCGUCAUCUGCUGCUCUCCUUCAUCAUACAACGAGUCCGAGACCAAGACCACACUCAUGUUCGGCCAGAGAGCAAAGACCAUCAAGAACACUGUGUGUGUGAACGUGGAGCUGACAGCGGAGCAGUGGAAGAAGAAGUAUGAGAGAGAGAAGGAGAGGAACAAAACACUCCGCAACACCAUCACCUGGCUGGAGAAUGAGCUCAACCGCUGGAGGAACGGUGAGACGGUGCCGAUGGAGGAGCAGUAUGAUAAGGAGAAGGCGUCUGAGGCUUUGGCCGUGGUGGAUCAAGCCGCAGGGGAGAAGAUGGCCUCCACCCCCAACCUACCAGCAGGGGGCAGACUCACCGACGUGGAGAAGGAGAAGUGUGAGGUAGAGCUCGCCAAGCUCUACAAGCAACUGGACGACAAGGACGAUGAGAUUAACCAACAGUCUCAGUUGGCAGAGAAACUCAAGCAACAGAUGCUUGAACAGGAGGAGCUGCUGGCUUCGUCGCGGCGGGACCACGAUGGCCUGCAGGUGGAGCUGUCACGCUUGCAGCAGGAGAACGACGCCAGUAAGGAGGAGGUGAAGGAGGUGCUGCAGGCGCUGGAGGAGCUGGCCGUCAACUACGACCAGAAGAGCCAGGAGGUGGAGGACAAGAGCCGCGAGUAUGAAACACUCAGCGAGGAGCUCAGCCAGAAGGCCAGCGUGCUGACGUCUCUGGAUGCAGAGCUGCAGAAGCUGAAGGAGAUGACCAAUCACCAGAGGAAGAGGGUCACUGAGAUGAUGUCAUCACUGCUCAAAGACCUGGCCGAGAUCGGCGUCACAGUGGGCAGCAAUGAUAUCAAGCAGCCUGAGGCUAGUGGCAUAAUCGAUGAGGAGUUCACGGUGGCGCGUCUCUUCAUCAGCAAGCUCAAGUCCGAGGUGAAGACUCUGGUCAAGAAGAAGAAGGAGCUGGAGAGCAGCCAAUCGGAGAGCACCCAGAAGAUUGACGAGAACGACAAGGAGCUGGCCGCCUGCCAGCUGCGCAUCUCCCAGCAUGAAGCUAAGAUUAAGUCUUUGACGGAGUAUCUGCAGAACAUUGAGCAGAAGAAGAGACUGCUGGAGGAGAAUGUGGACUCCCUAAAUGAGGAGCUGGUCAAGCUCAGUGCACAGGAAAAAGUUCAUGCCAUGGAGAAGGAGAGUGAGAUUCAGACAGCCAAUGAGGUUGCGGACGCAGUGGAGAAGCAGAUUCAUGGUCACAGGGAGGCCCACCAGAAACAGAUCAGCAGCCUGAGAGACGAACUGGACAAUAAGGAGAAACUCAUCACUGAGUUACAGGAUCUGAACCAGAAGAUCAUGCUGGAACAGGAGCGUCUGAGAGUGGAGCAUGAGAAACUCAAAUCCACCGACCAGGAGAAGAGUCAGAAACUGAACGAGCUUACAGUGAUGCAGGACAGAAGGGAGCAGGCCAGGCAGGACCUGAAGGGACUGGAGGAGACAGUGGCCAAGGAACUGCAGACACUGCACAACCUCAGAAAGCUGUUUGUGCAGGAUCUGGCCACGAGAGUUAAAAAGAGUGCAGAGAUGGACUCUGACGACACUGGAGGCAGCGCUGCUCAGAAACAGAAGAUCUCUUUCUUGGAGAACAAUCUAGAACAGCUGACCAAAGUCCACAAACAGCUGGUGCGUGAUAAUGCCGACCUGCGCUGCGAGCUGCCCAAGCUGGAGAAGCGUCUGCGGGCCACGGCCGAGCGGGUCAAGGCGCUGGAGACAGCGCUCAAGGAGGCCAAAGAGAACGCUGCACGCGACCGCAAGCGCUACCAGACCGAGGUGGACCGCAUCAAAGAGGCCGUCAGGGCCAAGAACAUGGCCAGGAGGGGACACUCGGCCCAGAUCGCCAAACCCAUCCGCCCGGGCCAACCUCCCGUCGCCUCCCCAACUCACCCAGGUGUCACACGCCCAGGGGGAGGGAUCUUCCAGAACAACCAAUCAUUUUUGGGCAUUCGUGGUGGAGGAGGAGUCAAACAGGACAAGAACUCCAGCUGAAGAGGCAGAUGGCAAUAGAGACAUGGCUUGUGUCAGACACACUGGACUGCGUGUGUGUGUGCGCGCAUGUGAGAACGAGAGAGAACGAUAGACAUGAAGGACUCAUGUACAAACACUGAUCUGAUCUGACCUAAAUUGUAUGUACAGUCUGAUGUAUGUAUGUAUGUACGUAUGUACGUAUGUAAGGUCCCCUCACUCCAACUUAUUUAAACACACAUUGAACACCACUACCACACAAGGACACACUGCCCAGAAGAGUGCAAGUGUGUGUGUGCGCAGGCGUGCGCAGUUUUGCAUGGCUCAUUCCCAUAUGAUGUAUGGGUAUAGCGUGCGAGUGUGUGUGUGUGUGUGUGUGUGUGCGUGUGCGUGCAAGCGUGAAUUUGCAUGGCUCAUGCCCAUAUGAAUGGAUGUAGCAAGUGUGUGUGUGUGUGUGUGUGUGUGUGGAUCUGUUCUUCUGCACAGUCCUCAGAGUCUGCACCAAGCCAAACUGAAUGUACAUAAACUAAAAAAUAAA